AUGAAGGCCCUCUCGGCGCUCUUCCUCUUGGCUCCCCUGGUGGCAGCGGCCCCAGCGAGCGAGGUCGCCUCGCCGCGCGCUCUGAACGUGCCCACGGUCGUCCCACAAAACGUGCGUAUCGUCGGCGUCUCGCUGUUAGGCUCGGGCUGCCCGGCGGGCACCGCGGACGUGCAGAUCGACGCGACCAAGACGCUGCUAGAGGUCACCUUCUCCGAAUAUAUCAUCCAGACCGGGCCGGGCACGAUGGCGGCCGACUGGCGUAAGAACUGCAAGCUUACGCUGAACAUGGAGUUUGACGAGGGCUUCCAAUUCGCCACGCUCUCCACCGACACGCGCGGCUUCGCGCAAAUUCCCCAGGGCUCGCGCGGCCUGUGCAGCAACACUUUCGACUUCACGGGCACGUCGGAGCAGUCGACUUACUCCAUCUCGCUGAUUGGCCCGCGCGAGGGGCCCUUCAGCCUGACGGCCGACCCGGACGUCACCUCCUGGUCGCCCUGCGGCGGCACCACGGCCAUCAUGAACAUGAACACGCAGUGCAACAUCUCGCCGACCCGGUCGCCUGCACUAAUUGCGGUCGAUCGAAUCAGCGGCAAGAUUACUGUCAAUGUGUCUCUGGCUUGGCGCAAGUGCUGA